GAACAAAAAAACAGAGAAGAGUAAAACCCCCUUUUUCAGCUGCAACUUCUCGCCCAUACCUUCAAGUUAUGUCGUCAAACUCAAUUUUCAUAGCUUAAUUCCUUCAAAUUCUCCAAAAAUGGAUUCUCCAGUGAAAUGGGUAUUCAUAUUUACACUAUUUUCAUUCAUAAAUCGAUCAGUUUCUGAUCCAAGAGCUACAGAAGCAGCUUUAAUAUGUACAAACAGAACAGCUUCACAAACUGAUCGUCAAGUUUAUGUAGCCAGUUUUUUAGCAGCCAUGGAUUCCGUUACGCCCCUAGUUGCACGGCAACAAUAUGGAGCUGUAAUAAAUGGAACAGGAAAUAAUACAGUUUACGCUUAUGGUGAGUGCAUGAAAGACUUAUCACAAAGAGAUUGUAAUCUCUGUUUUGCUCAGUGUAAAACACAAAUCCUAAGGUGCUUACCAUUUCAAAGAUUGAUUACUGGUGGGAGAUUAUUUUAUGAUGGGUGUUUUUUAAGGUAUGAUUAUUAUAAGUUCUUUAAUGAAAGUGUGAGUUCUGUGGAUAGGACAAUUUGUGGGAACAGGAGUUUUUCAGGGGAUCAGAGUUUAUUUAAGGAAAAUGUUGGGAAAUUAGUGAGGAAUUUGGAGGUGGGAGGUUUGAGGAAUGAUGGGUAUUUAACGGCGGUUGUGGGUACUGGGAAUUUGACUGUUUAUGGGUUGGCUCAGUGUUGGGAAUUUGUGAAUGGGAGUGCUUGUCAAAGGUGUCUUUCUGAUGCAGUUUCAAAGAUUGGUUCUUGUCAUCCUAAGGAAGAAGGGAGGGUGUUGAAUACUGGUUGUUAUGUUAGGUAUUCUACUCAGAAGUUCUUUAACAAUUCUGCAAGUGAUACUCCUCCUAUUGGAAAUGGGGGAGGAUCGAGUCGCUUGGCUGUUAUUCUCGCAACAACCCUGGGUAUUUCUGCUUUCUUACUAUUUGUGUCGGCUGUUUCAUUCUUUAUGCGGAAGAAGGUUUUGAGACAAAAGAGAGAGAAGAAGCAGCUAGGAGCGCUCAUAAGAACAGUUAAUAAAUCAAAACUGAAUAUAUCCUAUGAAACCCUUGAGAAGGCAGCAAAUUACUUUAACAACUCCAAUAAAUUGGGACAAGGAGGUUCUGGUUCUGUUUACAAGGGGAUCUUGCCGGAUGGUCAGGUUGUUGCUAUAAAGAGGCUCUUCUUCAAUACGAGGCAAUGGGUUGAUCAUUUCUUUAAUGAGGUCAAUUUGAUUAGCGGCAUACAUCACAAAAACCUAGUAAAGCUGUUGGGGUGCAGCAUUACAGGGCCAGAAAGUCUUCUAGUGUAUGAGUACGUGCCCAAUCAUAGUCUUCUGGAUUACGUCUUUGACACAAAGAACCUUCAGCCACUUACAUGGGAUCAAAGAUACAAAAUUGUAUUGGGUACUGCUGAGGGCUUGGCCUAUCUUCAUGAAGAAUCAAAGUUGAGGAUCAUUCACAGAGACAUAAAGUUGAGCAAUGUUCUUCUAGAUGAAGAUUUCACGCCAAAAAUUGCUGAUUUUGGUCUAGCCAGGUUAUUUCCUGAAGACAGGACUCAUAUUAGCACAGCUAUUGCUGGUACACUCGGUUACAUGGCUCCAGAGUACAUUGUACGUGGCAAACUGACUGAGAAAGCUGAUGUUUAUAGUUUCGGUGUUCUUGUUAUCGAACUCGUGUGUGGAAAGAAGAACAAUUAUGUUUUCCAGAACACAAAUUCUCUUCUGCAGCAGUUGUGGAACUUGUAUGGAAUUGGAAAAUCUUGUGAAGCAGUUGAUCCUUCGUUAGAGGGUAACUUCAAUGAAGAGGAGGCGUCUAAGCUGCUUCAAGUAGGUCUGCUUUGUGUACAGGCAUCAGCAGAAUUGCGACCCUCCAUGUCGAGCGUCGUGAAAAUGCUUACCGACAACCAUGAAAUUCUUCAGCCAACACAACCACCAUUCCUCAACUCUGGAAGUUCAGAAUUUAGUCCAUUUAAUCUGCACGGCAAAAGAUUUUUCGGUCAACCAAGCUCCUCUACACAAUCUUCUGGGAAUAAAUUGACAGAGAGUUGGAUCGAUCCUAGAUAAACUAAGGUGAUCAAGAAUUUUGACUUGACUCGAUGAUCAUCCGGAAUUGGCAUUGGAUUUUUGUUCUCAGCAAAGGCCAAAUCUUUGAAGGUGAAUUGUUCAGCCAACUCAAGUUUGUGUCUGUGAUCACACAUUAUGAUUUGAGCUAAUGAGCUUAACAUUGACUAGCACUCACCCUCCAUUUUUCAGCUGAUAUUUGGUAUAGUCUGAUUUAGUCAAAUUCGUUUUGUGAAUAUCCUAUAGAGCCUACUUCCUUUUCCCUAAAGUAAAGCUGUUGUAUAAUGCCUGAAUUGUGAUACAGUAUCUGCAGCUGUAGCAAUGAACAUCAUCUAUUGUGAUAGAUUUUCGAGUAGUAAUUUUCAAUAAAGAUUAGGCUUCACAAUUAUCAUAA